AUGGCCUCCUUCUUCACGGCCACCCUGAAGAGCUUCCAGGGGGGCAAGGACGAGUCCGCCAAGGGGGCCCCCAAGGAUGAGAAGGCGGCAGCGCUGCCCAGCACCAUGGGCCACGAGGAGUUUGAGGAGUACCAGCGGCAGCUGCUGGAGGAGAAGAUCGAGCGGGACAAGGCGUUUGCACAGAGGAAGGCAGAACGGGCCACGGUGCGGAUGCACCUGCGGGACAAGUACCACCUGACCCAGGACGAGCGGGACGACGCCCAGGUGCACGUGGCCGGAGGGGCGGUGGAGCUGCCGCCGGAGCUGGCAGCCAUGGUGCACAGCGAGGAGGAGGAGGAGGAUGGCAGCGCCGGGGCGUUCGCCUUCCUGGCGAAGCUGCGGCAGGUGGAGCUGCCGGCGCUGCGGGAGCGCGCCCUGGGCGGCGUGGAGCAGGUGCGGGAGAGGUGCGCCCUGAUGUAG